UCUCAUGUCACAUGACGCCGGUCACCUGAGCUCUCUUCCAGUAUGGCGAUCACGACUGAGAGGAGUCUCCGAUAACGCAUGUAAAACCGCGUUGUGCUUCUUCUCCACAGCCCUGGCGGACUCCUUGCUGUGUGCCCUCUUGUACAAGCGGCGGAAGCAAUGAACGGCCCCGUGAGCGCCGGGACGGAUGAGCCGGUGUGGGAGAGACCGUGGACCCUGGAGGAGAUCGGAAGGAGCAGCCAGAACUGGUCUCUAGCGGCCGAUGCUGGGCUCCUGAACUUCCUUCAAGAAUUCUCCCACCAGACUAUCGCUAGAACACAUGAGAUCGAGAAGCAGCUGGAUGGACUUGUUCGUGAAGCAAAGACCUCAGAAUGCCGGCUACACAACAUCUUCAAUGACUUCCUUAUGUUAUCUAAUACUCAGUUUAUCGAGAAUAGAGUGUAUGAUGAAGAAGUUGAGGAGCACAUUGUCAAACCGGACACAGGAGAGAAACAUGAACAGGAGAAAACCAGAGAGCAGAAGGAAGUAGAGCUAAUCCCCAAAAUACAGGAAGCUGUAAAUUAUGGAUUACAAGUUCUUGAAAUGGCAUUUGAACAACUUGAUAUCAAGGCAGGAAAUUCGGAUUCUGAAGAUGAGGAAGUCAAUGAAAGAGUUGAACCUAUUCUGGAGCCAAAGGAUCUCUAUAUAGACCGACCAUUACCCUAUUUAAUAGGCUCCCAACUAUUCAUGCAGCAGGAGGAUGUAGGUCUUGGGGACGUAUCCAGUGAAGAAGGAUCUGUGGACAAUGAUCGGGGGAGUGCAAUUGACAGUGAGGAGGAAGAUGACAAAGAUAAUGAUGAGGAGUCAGAAGAGGAUUUUGGCAACAACUCAGAGGAAGAAAAGAAACCAAAUCAUCCAGCUCUUAGUGAUGAAGAUGAGGAUAAUGGUUCAGACUUGUUUGGGGAUUCAGACAAGGAGGAGGAUGAAGACAAUGAUAAAUCGACGAAAACUAGAACAAAAUCCUUUGCUGAUGAAUUGGCAGCACGUAUACAAUCGGAAGUCCCCAAACGGCAGGAGACAGAUCAGUCAUCUAUAACAUCUGAAGUCAAAAACAAAAAAGAAAAAGAAGCAAAAGACACCCGAAAACUUCCCUCUGAUGAUGAAGAGGAUGAUAUUUUUAAGCCACCUAAACUUACCGAUGAAGAUUUCUUUGGCAAUAAAGGAGGACUGUUCAGUGGAGGAAAGGGGCUCUUUGAUGAUGAUGAGGAGGAGGAGGAGGAGGAGGAAGAGGACGACGAAGGAGAGGGCAACCUUUUCUCUGAUGUUCAGAAGAGAGAACAGAGAGUAACGGAACCAACUCCUGUAGCAAAGCCUGAAUCCUUAUCAUCAGAUGUAAAAAAGAAACCACCCUAUGGAGGCGUUUCCCUUUUCCCAGGAGGGGAGAAUGUGAUCAACUCAUCAGUAUUGACAGAGAAGGAUAAAAGAAAACAACCCACACCUCCAGAUAUUACCCCAAAACCCUCAGCCGGUGCAGGUCUGUUUUCCGAUGAUGAUGCAGUCUUUGGAGCAGCCCCAACGCAACCUUCAGGAAAAGCCAAGCCAGCAUCAGAUCUGUUUGCUGAUGAGGAUGACUUAUUCAGUGACCGCAGUUCUAUCUCUUCUACAACUGUUAAACCAAAAGAGACUGAGGCGCCGACACAAAAAACACUAAAGAAGAACAUACAGAUACCUACAGAAAAAAGUCAGCCAUCUGAACCAUCCAUCAAAAAGCCAACCAAGGGUCUAUUCUCUGAUGAGGAAGAUUCUGAGUCAGAUUUGUUUUCACCAAGCCAAACAGCUAGCAAGUCUAAAGCAGCAAGUGUUCCAGCGACCAAGACUAGUAAACCCUUAUCUCUGUUUGAUGAUGAUGAUGAGUUCUUUGGUUUAGUGCCAGAAAAAAAAGCACCAACCAUUGCUUCAAAGCCAUUGCAAAAAUCUGUCAUAUCUGCAGAAGUGAAGACUCAGAAAUCAGGCCUUUUUAGCAGCGAUGAAGAGGAUCUUGUCUCUCAAUCUACCAACUUAAAAACAACUGAGAAAAGCGUUAAAGUUGCCCCAAAGCCAAAAAUGGAAGAAAUGGAGGAGAAUAAAUCUAGCCUGUUCAUUGAUGAUGGUGAUGAUCUUUUUGCAAUUACAAAAGAAAGUCAGAAGAAAACUCAUCGUGUUUCCCUAUUAUUUGAAGAUGAUGUCAACAGUGAAGAGCCUUUAUUUUCAUCUGGAGUAACCAAAUCUUUGGAACAGCCAAAGGCAUCUGUUCCUGUAAAAGAAGAGAAUGAGAAGGUAUCUUUAGAUGACGAUACAGAUAAGAAAGCUGAACCUAAAGUAAAAGUUCAAUCUGUGGAGGAAAUAUUACCUCCAUUGCCACAAAAUAAUAAGGUAAAACCAGUUUCUCUUGAAGAAUCAGAUGGCGAGGAUCUGUUUGCGUCACCACAGCCUGCCAAGCAAGCAAGCAAUGUGAAAAGUAAGAAUCUACUUAGUCUCUUUGAGCAUGAAGAGGAUGAUAUGGAAGAUCAGUUUGCAACUAAUAUUAUACCGCAGGGUCCUGGAAAGGACUCUUUGGAGAAAAGCUCUCAGGGGAAGAGCACUGGGGUGUUUAAGGAUGAGGAACUCCUGUUCAGUCAAGAGCUCCAGAAGGAUAAUGAUCCAGAUGUAGAUCUUUUUGCCAGCACCAAUAAAAAAGCGUCCGAGAAACCAAAAAACAGCAAACUCUCAACAGGAGGAGGAUUAUUCUGUGAUGAGGACAAUGAUGACCUCUUCAGUUCUGCUAAGCCAAAAAAACCUCCAGUUCAAGAGAAGAAAACCAUUAUUAAAAACAAGGAAGUAGAAGCUUCUAAAAAAUCUGGCAGACUGUUGGAAGUCAAUGAGGUGACGGUUUCAAAAACUGAAAAGACAGAGAAAACCAAUGACCCCGCAUCAGUUAAAACAAAAAGUCCUUCCUCUCGGAUUGGAAAACUCCAAGCAAAUUUACUUAUUAACCCAGCUGCAUUGCUCCCGGGUGCUGUUCCAAAACUGUCAGGAGCAAGAGUUGUUGUCGCAGAGGAUGAAGCUCAGACUUUGGUUACAGAGGAUCAUUCAGCCACAAAAUCUGUUAGAAAAAAUUUGGAGGGUGCCAGCUUUGAGUCCCCAGCACAAUUUGAAACUCUUCACAAUGCUAAUAAGACUCGUGUGAAAGUUGGUGGUAAAAGACGACCUCCUACACGGAUAGGCAGGAAGCUUGCAUCUCAAGAUUCUGGAGAGAAUGAAGAUCUACCACCACAAAUAUCGCCUACAUCAGCAGAAGAGACUGAGACUGGAUUACCUGAGUCAAACUGGAGAACAGAUCGAGAAGAAAUAUCUGCUAUGAAGUUAUCCCUUUCCGAAAAUGAUAUACAGCCUAGAACACAUUCAAGAGUAGCUGUAAAUCCUCUAACUCCUGAUGUAAAUGACUUAUUUGGGUCUGACCUCUUUGCAGAUAACUUACUGCCUAACCCAGUUGCAUCCAGACAACAGAGACAAGAGUCUCCAGGAAGCGAAGAUUCUAAAAAGCCUUCAUUGGAUCAGGGGAAGAAAUCCUCAGCCGUGGUGUUUGAUGGUGAUGACAGUGACGAUGACUUAUUUAAGUCUUUAAAAGAGAAACCCAAAAAGUUGCCCCAGUCCACCUCUAUAAUAGACAAGGAACCUGAAGGUGAUCUUUUUGGGUUUCAGAAACCUCAGAAGAAAGUAGAAGCCCACCCUGUUGUUUCCACAGCCAGCGACAUGUUCGAAGAUGAUAUAUUCGCAGCAGAAGCUAUUAAACCAGUAAAGAAAACAAAAGAGAAAAAAGUGACAUCAGAAGCCAGUCUGUUUGAGGAUAAUACUGAUAUUUUCUCUGAUUUCACAAACAAACCUAAAGAGAAGAAGCCCAAAAAGAAGGCAGAGCCUAAAUCCAUAUUUGAUGAUGACAUGGAUGACAUAUUUUCAGCAUCGGCGUCCGGUGUAAAGAAGACCAAGUCAAAAUCCAAGUUGACCCCGCAGGGGUCCGAAACCAAGGCAGAUACCAAGGUCUCCACAGCUUUUGACGAUCCCUUAAAUGCUCUUGGUAAAUGAGAAGGAGCGGACGGCCUUGAGAGAAGAGUAUAUUUGCACAAUUUCAUGGCAUUGCUUCAUAUUUCAGGCCCAUUAUUAGCAGGCAAAUAUUUUACUUAAAGGGGUACUCUCGUGGAAAACUUUAUUUA